GUCACCGCCUCGUACGCCGGAAGUAGAGCUGCGCGCGCCCGAGAGGCUGUUGGGAGGGGCCGGCGAGGAGGCGAGCAGCAGGCGAAGCGCAGAGAAGCUCACCGCUCGGGCGAGGGAGGAAGCGUGAUCCUUGCGGGCCACCGUCCCGGAAGUGGACUCGAGAGGAAGAAAGUAGCAGGGCUGGUGGGGAUAAAUUAGUUUCUGGGGGUUUUAAGUGCGGGUUCGCAGAGCUUUUUGAGGUGUGUGUUGUCCAGGACGGACUCAGAGGUUUUAGUCACUUCACCUGAAGGAGUUAACUUCUCUGCUGAGCCCGACCUGUUUGUGGUGGGGCAGAACGUGGCUCUAGAUGCGUGAACCUCGGGGCUUCUGGUAAAAGAAGACGUCUGAGAGAGUUCUGCGCUCUUCCUCGGUGGCCACCUUAGGGAUGAGCUGAUCCUUACUGGCUUAUCAUGGCCCAGCGGGCAGUGUGGCUCAUAAGCCACGAACCAGGAACUCCACUUUGUGGCACCGUCAGAUUCUCCAGACGGUAUCCAACUGUUGAAAAAAGAGCCAGAGUCUUCAAUGGAGCAAGUUAUGUGCCUAUUCCUGAGGAUGGUACCUUCCUUAAAGCACUGCUUUUCGAACUGCGACUAUUGGAUGAUGAUAAGGACUUUUCGGAGAGUCGUGAUAGCUGUUCACAUAUCAAUAAAACAUCCAUUUAUGGACUCCCAGUAGGAGGUGAUGAGCUCUGGCCCGUUGUUGCUUUCCUGAAGAAUGGCAUGAUAUAUGCUUGUAUUCCACUGGUUGAACAGACUUUAUCCACUCGUCCACCAUUAAUUAGCAUUAGUGGAAUUUCACAAGGCUUUGAACUUCUUUUUGGGGUACAGGAUUUUCUUUACUCAGGUCAAAAAAAUGACAGUGAGUUAAAUACAAAAUUGAGCCAGUUGCCUGACUUGCUUCUACAGACUUGUCCCUUUGGCACUUUGUUAGAUGCCAACUUACAGAGUUCAUUGGAUAGUAUUAAUUUUGCUUCUGUUACUCAUCCACAAAAACAGCCGGCCUGGAAAGCUGGAACAUACAAAGGAAAACCACAAGUUUCUAUUUCUAUCACUGAAAAGGUAAAAUCCAUGCAGUAUGGUAAACAGGAUAUAGCAGAUACAUGGCAAGUCGUUGGAGUUGUCACUUGCAAGUGUGAUUUAGAAGGAAGCAUGCCAAAUGUUACCAUCAGCUUGAGUCUCCCCACCAAUGGAUCUCCACUUCAGGAUAUCCUGGUUCAUCCUUGUGUGACGUCUCUGGACUCUGCCAUUUUGACUUCCAGUAGCAUUGAUGCGGUGGAUGAUUCUGCGUUCAGUGGACCUUACAAAUUUCCACUUACUCCACCUUUAGAGUCAUUCAACUUAUGCUACUACACUUCCCAGGUCCCUGUCCCACCGAUUUUGGGUUUUUAUCAGGUAAAAGAGGAAGAAGUGCAACUAAAAAUAACAGUUAAUUUAAAACUUCAUGAAAGUGUGAAAAAUAGUUUUGAAUUCUGUGAAGCUCAUAUACCUUUUUACAACAGAGGUCCAAUCACACAUGUGGAAUACAAAGUUAGUUUUGGCCAGCUUGAAGUAUUUCGAGAGAAAAGCUUAUUGAUCUGGAUUAUUGGACAGAAGUUCCCAAAAUCAAUGGAAAUUAGUCUUUCUGGAACUAUAACUUUUGGGGCCAAGAGCCAUGAAAAGCAGCCAUUUGACCAGAUUUGCAUUGGAGGUACAGCAUAUUUAAAGCUUCAUUUUAGGAUCUUAGAUUACACGCUCACUGGGUGUUAUGCAGAUCAGCAUUCAGUUCAAGUUUUUGCAUCAGGAAAACCAAAAAUAAGUGCAUACCGGAAACUAAUUUCUUCUGACUAUUACAUCUGGAAUUCUAAAGCUCCUGCUCCAGUGACAUAUGGAUCAUUAUUACUGUAAUUGUCUCAUGUUUAAAUGGAAUUUAUACAACAGUGACAUAAAUUAAAUCAGUCUUUUAUUUUUAAUGUUUAUACACAUAACCUAUGAGUGAAAAUCAUUCAUUUAAUUAUAAAAUGCUCUUUUUUUUAAGCUCUUUAUUGGCAUAUAAUUGCUUUAUACUGCUGUGCCAGUUUCUGCUGUACAGCCAAGUGAAUCAGCUGUAUUUACACAUAUAUCCCCAUAUCCCCUCCCUCCCAUGACUCCUUCCCACUCUCCCUAUCCCACCCCUCUGAGUCAUCACCCAUCAUCGAGUUGAUGUCCCUGUGUUAUGCAGCAGCUUCGCACUAGCUAUCUGUUUUACAUUUGGUAGUGUGUAUAUGUCAGUGCUACUCUCGCACUUCAUCCCAGCUUCCCCUUCGCCCCCACCUCCACCCCGUGUCCUCAAGUCCAUUCUCUACAUCUGCAUCUUUAUUCUUACCCUGUCACUGGGCUCAUCGGUACCAUUUUUUUAGAUUCCAGAUAUGUGAGUUAGCAUACAGUAUUUGUUUUUCUCUUUCUGGCUUACUUCACUCUGAAUGACAGACCCUAGGUCCAUCCACCUCACUACAAAUAACUCAGUUUCAUUCUUUUUUAUGGCUGAGUAAUAUCCCAUUGUAUAUAUGUGCAUCUUCUCAAUCCAUUCAUCUGUUGAUGGGCAUUUAGGUUGCUUCCAUGUCCUUGCUAUUGUAAAAUAGUGCUGCAGUGAACAUUGUGGUACAUGUUUCUUUUUGGAUUAUGGUUUUCUCAGGGUAUAUGCCCAGGAGUGGGAUUGCUGGGUCAUAUGAUAGUUCUAUUUUUAGUUUUUGAAGGAACCUCCAUAUGGGCACCUUAUACCUAUAUCCCCAUAUCCCCUCCCUCCUGUGGCUGUUUCCCAUCCUCCCUAUCCCAUCCCUCUAAGUCAUCACCCAUCAUUGAGUUGAUCUUCCUGUGCUAUGCAGCAGCUUCCCACUAGCUAUCUAUUUUAAAUUUGGUAGUGUAUAUAUGUCAGUGCUACUCUUUCACUUCGUCACAGCUCCAGCUCCCCCCACCCCCGCCACCGUGUCCCUGUCACUGGUUUCAUCAGCACCAUUUUUUUAGAUUCCAUAUAUAUAAGUUAGCAUGUGGUAUUUGUUUUUCUCUUUCUGGCUUACUUCACUCUAUAUGACAGACUCUAGGUCCAUCCAUCUCACAACAAAUAACUCAGUUUCAUUCCUUUUUAUGGCUAAUAUUCCAUUGUAUAUGUGUGCCACAUCUUCUUUAUCCAUUCAUCUGUUGAUGGGCAUUUAGGUUGCUUCCGUGUCUUGGCUAUUGUGAAUAGUGCUGCAGAGAACAUUGUGGUACAUGUGUUUUUUUUGGAUUAUGGUUUUCUCAAGAUAUGUGCCCAGGAGUGGGAUUGCUGGGUCAUAUGGUAGUUCUAUUUUUAGUUUUUUGAGGAACCUCCAUACUGUUUUCCAUAGUGGCUAUACCAAUUUACAUUCCCACCAACAGUGCAGGAGAGUUCCCUUUUCUCUGCACCCUCUCCAGCAUUUAUUGUUUCUAAAUUUUUGGAUGAUGGCCAUUCUGACUGGUGUGAGGUGAUACCUCAUUGUGGCUUUGACUUGCAUUUCUCCGAUGAUUAGUGAUGUUGAGCAUCUUUUCAUGUGUUUGUUAGCCAUCUGCAUGUCUUCUUUGGAGAAAUGUCUAUUUAGAUCUUCUGCCCAUUUUUGGAUUGGGUUAUUUGCUUUUUUGAUACUGAGUUGCAUGAGCUGCUUGUAUAAUUUGGAGAUUAAUCCUUUGUCAGUUGCUUUGUUGGCUAAUAUUUUCUCCUGUCCUAAGGGUUGUCUUCUUGUCUGGUUUAUGGGUUUUUUUGCUGUGCAAAAGCUUUUAAGUUUCAUUAGGCCCCAUUUGUUUAUUUUUGAUUUUAUUUCCAUGAUUCUAGGAUGUGGGUUAAAAAGGAUCUUGCUUUGAUUUAUGUCAUAGUGUGUUCUAUGUUUUCCUCUAAGAGUUUUAUAGUGUCUGGCUUUACAUUUGGCUCUUUAAUCCAUUUUGAGUUUAUUUUUGUGUAUGGUGUUAGGAAGUGUUCUAAUUUCAUUCUUUUACAUGUAGCUGUCCAGUUUUUCCAGCACCACUUAUUGAAGAGGCUGUCUUUUUUCCAUUGUAUAUUCUUGCUUCCUUUGUCAAAGAUAAGGUGCCUAUAUGUGCAUGGACUUAUCUCUGGGCUCUCUGUUGUGUUCCAUUGAUCUAUAUUUCUGUUUUUGUGCCAGUACCAUACUGUCUUGAUCACUGUAACCUUGUUAAAAUGCUCUUGUUCAAUGUUUUUAGUCUGAUUUAGUUUGAAAAAACUUUUCAACACUAAUGUAUCCAAUUUUGUUACCCUUUGAUUUUACUCAAGUAUGAUUCAGAGCAUAAAAUGUAAUGAUUCACUUUCAGCUUAUUUUAGGCUAGUCCUAGGUUACCCUGCCAUAAAUGCCAGUUAUUCCUGCCCCUGUGGCAGACAUGGCUAAUCAAUCACAGCCCUCUUUCUCCACUGAGCCUUCCUAGAUAUGGGCUCAGGCUCCGUCUCAGUGCAGAGCUGCAGGCAGCCACUCCCAGUAGAUUGUAGAUGAAGUGCAAGAUAAAAAACUAUUUGCUCUUUCGAACGUAAAUACUAAGUGCUAGUACAGUGUGUUGUUACAGAAUACCGGAGACCACAUUAGAAACAACUGUAAAUCUCUUGAGAAAAGAGCUGAUGAAAACGAAGGAAAAUUGUUUAAAUAGUAACCUGUUUUUAAUCAGAACUAUCCUACUGACUAAUCUGCAUAAUUCUAUUUUAAGCAUUUGUCUCUGAUUUCAUGCAAGCUUAUUAAUCUGCCACAAUAACAUUUUAUUUAGGAUGUCAGUAAGCACGUUAAGAGGGGUGGGAUACCUUCUGAAGAUGAGUUUAGUGUUUUGUGAUUACUGAAUAUCUGCAGCCACAUUUUUGAGAUAAAUUUAGAUAUAAUAUUGGUUUUUCCCUGUUUUAUUAUUUCAUUAAUGAAUGAAUUCAGGUAAAAAUUCAAAAGCUAUUUUAUGGGUAGAGAGUAUCACUUAAUCUUGUUUCAAUUUCAUGUAGCACAUUUUCUUUACAUUUGUCACCCUUGCUUAUUGGCAUGCUCUGGGUUUCUUCAGGAACCAUCCAGUCAUACUCUUUAUUCUCUGCCUGUCUUUACAAUUGUAUAUCACAUUCUGUUUUCAAAGUAGUUUAUUUUCAAGUUGGACUUUAAAUGACUAUUCAAGAAAGAUGAAAUCUCAAGAUCCUCAAAACUUACUCCACAUCAGGUUUCUUUUUACAGAACAGAAUUCGAAGAGUUAUAAAAAUAUGCAUUACAGAUUAAUAUUCAAUUAAAUUAUAUCUUGGUUUCUUUUUUUUUUAAUGAGUCUCUUAAGGAAAAGCCUAGAAAAAGCUGCUAACUUCUUGAAAGAGAGCUAUGAUAGUUUGAAAGGAGAUUGCGUAUAAAUUUAGGAUUUGAAAUAUGAUUUUUUAAGUUAAAUUCAAUCCUACUCAUUAUAAACUCAUUUUCUGCAAGGCAUUAUCAUGGCAUAAUGUUCUAUGUUCAGAAUCAUCCCCAGUAAUGAAGAAAAUAGAGUAACUUCCAGAUCAGGACUUUAGCUUGUUAUUCUAGGUUAAUCAUAGAUAAUCAGUAGUAAAAACUUUCCUUUUGAAAGAAGGAAAAAAUUACUCCCCUUAAGUUUUUUUUAUCUCUCUUAAACUCAAGGAAAGCUUAACAUUUCACUUAUAAUCAUAUUAAUGGAGCCAUAUGUACAUCUUGAUUGUAUAAAUGUUUAGCAAAAUACACUAAAGUAGGGAAGAGGCAUUUAUCUACUGAGUAGGCUGGGAUUCAGUAUAAUAAUCCCCUAGGCAAAACUUUAUAAGCAAUCAGAAAAACCAGUGUAUCUUUGAUCUGACAUUUCUGGAAACCUGAGGAAAAUCUAAGAAGUACUGGAAAAGUGUAGGGAUGCUGGGGAACCUGAUGCCAUUCCAUUCUAACAUAAUGCUACAGAACUAAAACUAACUCAUGUUUUCAUCCUGUUGAGAUCAGCUGGGCACACUGUGAUGCUUUUGAUUUUGUCUAAAAACCUGUCACUUCAGGAUAAUUUCUGAAGACAAAGUCUGUUUCCCGUUUGGUAGGUGACCUGUUUAAUGUUUUCUCUGUGUCUGGGAACUCCUUAGUGUAAUUAGCGACCUUUGAACUCCACAACUAAUCCUGAGCUAUUUUGUAUUCCUUACUCAUCUUUAAGGCUGGACCUUUCUUUUCUUCAGAGUCCGCUGCCACAAUUAAAGAAGAAACAGCUGCAUUUCAAAGGGAUUCCAAUUCCAGAAGCUUAAUCGUGAUUGACAUGUUCUUAUUCUAAGCUAUAAGACACUCUAAGAGUUCUUUCUUGGGUUAAAACUUCAAUCAUUUUCUAAAAAAUUAUCUCACUAUGGAUUUUAUUCAUUUUCUUUGAUAACUAUUCUUUGCAUUUUUUAACUUGAAAGAUACUGUGUGUUUGCACUGAAUAUGAGCACCUACUUCCAGUUAAAGAUUUGGAUGGUGUCAGACCUACUCUAGAUGCAAAAUUGCUAAAUUCCCUGAUAGUGCCAAAAUAUGAUUAUGAAAUCUGAUGUCUAUCAUGUGGGUAAUUAAUUCUUCAGUAGACCCAGAAUACACAAAAAAUGUUACAUUUCUGAAAAUGUACUCCAGAAAAGAUAGUUCAUGAUUUUGAUAAAACCCUUCUUUUCUUCAUUUUUUACUAAACAGUAUUUUUUAAACUUUUUAAAGUCAGCAGUACCCUUACAGUGUAAGACAGUCCCCUUUCAGUGGUGGGCAUUUUUUACCUUUUAGUUUUUAAAUAGUUGAUUCAGAUGUCAGGUUUGAAGUAAAUAGCCUUAUCAGGAAUUCUUAAAUUGUUUAUUUAAAAAAUUUUUAAGCAAACAUUAGUCUUAUAAUAUUAAUUUUUUCACACCAACUGAACAUUUUUAGGGAGUUAAAAUUGUGGUUUUAUAUAUUGUAUGGUUUAAGAUAUUUCAAAGCACAAUUUUAUACAUAGAACAACUGCUAGCAUUUUUCUUCUACUUUUUAUGGUACUAUUCAGAAUCCUUUAUAGACAUUCAUGGACUUCUGCACCACCCUUGCGAGGUAGGUAGGUCGACUUAUCAUCCAGUGUCUCUGCAGGGACCGCUGCCACAGCAGAAUGGUGGUUUCUAAGACAAAGGUCAGAAAAGGGAUGUUAAUAAACAGUCCUCAGGUUUAAGGGACUUUUUUAGGAUUACAUCUUAAAUUCCAACAAAUCAGAUUUAGGAGUUACUGAAAGUGAAAUUGAUCCAUCCCUCAUCCAAACUUUGCAAUACUUUCCUGUUCUGACAUCAUUUAGAUAGUUAGCUGUAUUAUCAGAUUAGAAACCAUUGUACCAGGCUGCUGAAAGGAAAAGGAGGCAAAAAGCUAAACAUGGGAUGAAUUCUGAACCUUUUAACCUGGCUGAAGUACGUUGGUCCCUGUUAUGCAAAUACCUUCAAUCCUCUGCUAAGUUCAGUGGAAAUAAUUUUCUUGAAUGACAGGUUUAUUCAGCAAGGAUUCAGUUGGUGAUUAAUCCCCCUUUGAUCUAGGGUAUUUCACUUAACUACCAGUUACCUCGUUCUGACAAAGUGCAACUGAGAUUAGGGAGAUCACUAGAACACUACCAGGGUGUGCGUUUAUUCUCUAUAACCUUUUAAAGCAAGGGCCAAGAAUGCAAUUUAUUUUCAGUAUUUGAAGAUGUAAAAGUCCUGUCUGCUAAGUUAGAAAGUCAAUUGAAUACCAAGUGAAGUUUAUUUCUUACGUAAUAGAACAAACAUUUCUUUUUACUUUGCCUAACAAUGAUUUUAGGAAACAUAGCCUUUGAAGAAACAAAGACUACAUUUUAAGUAUAUCUUCAAGUUUUGUUUCAUAUACUAGAGUGUAUACUUAUUGGCCCUAAGAUAACCCAAAAAUCAAAGCUACAACUUACUCUGAGAAAAUGCUUCUAUUUUAUUAAACUGCACAGUUUCUCCCCAUCCGCCUCCAUUAAAAAAUGUCACAGUGUGUGGUAAAGAAAUCCAAUUGGGAAAAACAUAUCGCAAUACACAAUUAUUCAUCUUACGACUUCUGAUUUCAAAGUUUUAUUUAACUUUGUCCUUUCUUGAGGAAAAAGAACUUAAUCUUGUUCCCAUGAUGAAUCAAGAUUUUUUUCAUAAAGAAAGAUACCAUUACAAAAAUACUUCAAACUAAUUAUUUUAAAUUAUCAAAAUAACCAUUUUCCGCAAUACUGUUUACUCUUUCACUAUUUUUUUCUGCCUUUUCUCUAACUGGGUACCCUUCCUCCAUAAUUUUAAACUUUGAAAUAUUCUAUGAAAUUUUGCACAAUAUUUGAAGAAUAAAAUUGUGAGAUGUGUUUCAUGCUAGAUUUCUCAAAUAAUUCACUUUAAAAACUGUUAUCAACAUCAGUGUCAAUGUUUACCUUGUAAGAUGUCGAAUUUGGAGAUUUAUUUCCCAAGUAUAUUUCAAGACCCUUAAAAAAGAAACAGUGAUAUGUAACAAAAUUUGUUUUUAAAUAUUAAAUUUUUAAUGACUAGUUUUAUUAUUAUAGGUAAAGUAUUUUUUAAUGCUUUAUAAUUGUUCAUUAUUCUAGAGUCAGUUUGCAAGUUAUGUAUUUGGAUAAUUUUCUUAUACUUUUUUUUGGCUUGAACUUUUUGUGAUCCAAUUUCUAAAUUGAAACAGUGACUCAAAGAAAGGCAUAUCUAACUUAUGUUUGUGCCAAAUGAACAUCUCUAGUUUGAAUUUAGUAACCCAAAUGUUUCUAAAUAUCCUUUGAUAGUCAGUAACUUAACCAUUGUAAAAUUGAGGAUCAGAUAAAACAUAGAUGUACAUGUGUGCGUAUUUAUAUAAUGUAUAUUUUAGUGUGUCCAACUUCGUGGGUUUCUCUGUGAAAUAUUUCAUCAUCAUGUCAGAGGAAGAAUAUUUAAAAGUCAAAUAUUCAAAUAUCUUCCUUCCAAACACAAUGUUAGUCGAUAGUAAUGAAGAGUUGCAUAAAAUGAACAUUGCCAAAGAACUCUGAUGAGUACUCUUAUAAAAUGGCUGAAACUCUUAUGAGUUGAAAACUUUUCAACUAGCUUCCAGUUUUUUUUCAACAACUAUUUUAUGGAUAUGAUAACGUUAUUGUCUGUAUAUAGCCUGGAACAGUGCAAGGCCUUAUCUGUAUUACUAGCUUACUGCCUUGAAAGCAGGUUACUCUUGAGAUCCAGGUUGACUUCUCAGGCCUUCGCCAAUCUGUGUAAUUGAUGGCAGUGUGGUGUUAAUAUAUGAUGCACAGCAUUUGCAUAUUGACGGAUGCCCUGGGAUGGAAACCACCUGCUGAAUUGUUUUUCCAGUAGGACAUGUGAUGUGUAUAUCUCAAUACUCCAUUAAACAUUUAAAAUCAAACUGUGUUUCCUUUAAAUGUCUUCUCUUUCAAUGAUAGUUUCUGUGGGGGGAAAAGAAAGAUUGUUUAGUUAACACACUACUAAUAAAAAUGAAAAAUUAUUGUUAUUUCUCUUAAUUUUUUUUUUCUUCCAAGGGUCUUGAGUGCCCUCUGCAGGUUAACUAAUGACUAUUUUUAAACCUUGUGAUUUUUCCCUUUUAGAAGCAAAGCCUGGUAAGCGUGAUCCAUUUUAUUUAUAUUGUUAACUUUGUUAAUUUGCCAGUGAUUGCAGUAAGAGUUUCUUUUCUUUGCCAGUUUUAUAGUUUUGUUUAGUGUGAAGAAUUCUAAUACCAUUGAAUUUUCCAAAUCACUUAGCUGGCACUCUUUAAAUGUUAGAACUAUGAUACACGUUCCCUCACA